AUGUCUGCUACUGUUGACCUCUUUUCUGUGACUGUCUGGUUCUCUGCUUGCAUUGCAGAGCGCAUGGAGGGAGAGAUGACUGCUAAUCUUUCUUUUUGCACUGUCUUUCUCAUACUCUCCUUGCAGGUGUCUGUCGUCUGUGGUGGCUUGCUCUUCGCAAUCGCGCUCGUGUCGUGCUGCCUGUGGGCCAUGUGGGAGGUGGCAGAGCGAAUGGAGGCUCAGGCGGGCAAGCAUCUCACAGAGCUGGCUGCUGCCAGGGCCACGCAGGAGGGGGCGAUACGCGCGAAAAAGGAAUUCCUCGGAUGUAUUUCACAUGAGAUUCGCACUCCAAUCAACGGGAUUAUAGGCAUGCUGCAACUAUUGGUCGAAGAGUGCGAGUUGGAUCAAGACCAGAGGGAUGCCAUCGACACUGCGCUGCUCUCCUGCUGGACUCUCACCGACUGGCUGGCAAAGUUUGUCUAUUCUGAGAAUGGAUUAGGUGCAGUGAAUGUGGACAGCCAGCAUGCAAGCGGUUCAGAUGCAGUGAAUGUGGACAGCCAGCAGGCAAGCGGUUCAGGUGCAGUGAAUGUGGACAGCCAGCAGGCAAGCGGUUCAGGUGCAGUGAAUGUGGACAGGAACCAGAACGAACCAAGCCCUCUGGGAGCCUCCUCUUCCGCCUCCACCCCUUCCUCGCUUUCCCUCUCCUCCUCCUCCUUCGCUCCUGCCCGUCUUGCACAGAACCCCUCACUCCUCGUCCCACCCUUUCCCGAAAGCUUCUCGACCCUCACAAUACCCCCUUCUUCUCCUCUCGCAUCUCACAAGCUCCCCCUCCCAAUCCCCACCUACCCUCCCACCCACCGUCCCACCUCUCCUCUCACCUUUUCCUCCUACUUGCUCCUCCCUCAACCCCUUCCUGCCUCCCCUCUUCCCUCCUCUCUCACGCCCGGUUCUCUCUCCACCUCCUCCUCCUCUUCCUCCCUCGCCCUCUCCUCCCCACGCCUCGUUUCCAUCCCUCCUCCUGCAGCUAACCCCUCUGCUGCAGCAGCAACCACUGCUACGGCAGCAGCAGCAGCAGCAACAGCAGUUGCAAGGGCGAGUGGUGCUCCCUUCGCUGCAUCUGGUAACCAAUCUGGUAACCAAUCUGGUAACCAGGCCCUUCGGACGGUGGUGUGUGUAAGCGAUGGGGAGGGCCCCGGUGCACGAUGGGAGGAUGUGGGGUACGUCAGUGGUGACAGUGGUUAUGCGAGUGGUGCUGGUGGUUAUGUGAGCGGUGACAGUGGCUACACAAGCGGUGCUUCCACAGGAGGCAGGGGUGGGCUUGGGAGCAGGAGAGGACCUGGGAGCAGGAAUGAGGCUGGAGGCAGGGACAGAACAGGAAGCAGCACAAGCAGCACAAUGAAAAGUCAGCACUCUGAGGAGGGUAAGUUUGGCAGGAUGGGGAAGUAUCGGAUGGGCAGCAGUCACAGCACCAGCAGCCUGGCUUGCAGCAUUGUGAGUAAAGCCAAGGUUGUUAUGGGGGAUGGUGGGGCAAAGGUUGCGGCAGGCAAUAGCAGCAGUGGUUUCGGCAGUGCGAGUAUAUCGAAAGCAGCUACAGAUUGCAGUAGUGGUAGCAGGAUUGUGAGUAAAACGGGUGAGAGUGGUAUCAGCAUGUCAAGAGCGGUUACAUCUGACAGCAGCGGUAGCAGGGCUGUGAGUAAAACGAAAGUUCCUAUGGGUAAAAGUAGUGUUAUCAGCUUGACUAGGGCUGCUACAGAUGAAAGCAGCGGGAGCAGGACUGUGACUCUAACGAGGGCUGCUACAGGUGAUAGUAGCGGUAGCAGGGUCGUCAAUAAAGGGUCGCAAAGCUGGAAUGAGGGGAGGAGUUUUGAGACGUCUCAAAAGUCUGCUACGGGUGAUAGUAGCGGUAGCAGGACAGUCAAUAAAGGGUCACAGAGUUGGAAUGAGGGGAGGAGAAGGGAGAGGGAAGGGUAUCCCUCUGUUCCUCACCCUGGCACGCCUGGUGCUGCUGUUAGCAACAGAGAGGUGUGUGUUGGGGAAGGUACAACUAGAGAAGGUACAACUGGCGAGGGUGCAACUGGGGAAGACUUGUGGGGUGGAGGAGAGGUGGUCCCCGUGAGUGGGAUGGCUGCUACCCCUUCCUCCUGGUCCUCUGAAAUGGAUCUGCUGAUUGGUGGAAGGUGGGGAGCGGAUAGUGGGAGAGGAGAGGGUGGUGCAGGUGCGUUCAGUGGGGAGGGGAAUGAAGGAAGAAGGGAAGACGUGAAGGAUAGGCGAGAGAAUGGAGGGGAGGGAGAGGAGGGAGACGAAGAGGGAAGGAAUGCAGAAAAGGGGGAAGAGGUGGAGGUGAGACGAGCCAAGACUCUGGAAGCUGAUUGGUCGGGGAGGCAAGGCGGGUGGAGAGGAGUGACGUUUGCAGAAGCAGACGAGGAGGAGCAAUUAGGGGAAGAGGGCGGAGGAAGGGUGAGGGAGCGGAGAUUGGGAAGCAGAGCGCGGUUUCCAGACAUGGUGGAGGUGGGUACAGAUGGGUACACGAGGGGUACAGAUGGGUACUUGAGCAGUCCGGGCAGCACGGCCAGCAGCAGCAGGAGUCAGGCUCAGUCACACAGGUUCCCAUCCCCUUCUGGUAGCUGGAGCCCUGCUGCUCCUACUGCUGCUGCUGCUGCUGCUGCUCCCACUGCUGCUCUCCCCACUGCCGCUGCUCCUUCCGUCUCGCCGUCCUCUUCUCCCUCCUCCUCGCCCUUCUCCCAUGCAUUCUUUCCGCCGUCCACUCCCACCGCUGCAGAUGCUGCAUCCUCACCUGUACCACCUGGUAGGGAUCUUCUCACUGUUCUCUCGCCUGAAUCCACGCACUCCUCUGCUUUCCCUGCUUCCGUCGCCUCCUCUGCUUCCUCACCUGCCGCCUCUCCCCCUGCUCACAACUCUGCUCUUUUGAUGGGUUCUCAAGAGAUUUCAGCAUCUGCUGCUGUGCCUGCUACAGAUGCUUCACCUGGACACGCAGCAGUAGGGGUUGCAGCUGCUGUGAUUGUAGCAGCAGGGGAUGCAACAGCCGAUUUUGCAGAAUCAAGGGUUGUAGCAUUGCCACCAGCACCGUCCUUGACUGACCUGGUACAGGAGGAGCUUGCUGCUGCUGCCGCCACAGCUGCCGCCACAGCUGUUGAUGAUGGCAUUUAUGAUGUAGCAGAAGAGUGCGAUGAGAGGGAGGCAGAGAGGAGAAACCAGGAGGGUCAACAAGAAACAGGGGAAGCCGGGAGAAGCGUGGAAGAGAGAGGCAGCAGCGAGGGGGGAGAGAGGACAAGAAGUCAGGAACCAGAGCUACUGGACCUUAAACCAGGAUCCGAAACCACUCGUGAAACCUCCUCCGAAACCCCCCAAACCUCCUCUCAAACACCCAAAACCCCCUCCAUGGAUUCAGCUCAAGCAGGGCAUGUGGAAGAGCCGAGCCAAGCACUCGCACCCACCCCGCCGCUCUCCCCACGGUCCCUCUCAGCGAGGCUGAGAGGGAGGCGGGUGUUAGUGGUGGAUGACAACGCAGUGAACCGCAAGGUGGUUCUGGCGAAGCUACGGCCCUACGGCAUGGUGGGCGUGCAGGCUGAGAACGGCCGCGUUGCAGUGGAGCGGUUUAUAGAGGGGAUGAAAGGGAGUGGAGAUGGUGGUGUGGCAGGUGGUGAAGGGGUUGGGGGAGGUGGAGGGGAAGGGUUUGUGUGCGUGUUCAUGGACCUACAGAUGCCGGUGAUGGACGGCUAUGAUGCAACCAUAGAGAUCCGACGGCUGGAGGAGCAUAUGGGGCGACACCGGGUUCCAAUAUUUGCAAUCACGGCUGACCUUGUGGCCGGAGCUCCGGAGAGGUGCCGGGAGAUUGGCAUGAAUGGAUUUAUGACCAAGCCUCUCUCCAACGAUCAAUUAAAGGCAUCACUUGCAGUGGUGGCUGCUGUACUCUCCGUCGUCAGUUUCUUUGCGCUAACGCGCGAAGCAUUCAUGACAGCCGCUGGCGACGGCCAGCAAUUCCUCGUCUUCUCUAAUCAGCCUGUUUUUGCGGAUCUGGCAGCAGGUGACGGGGCGAAUGAGGAAGCCAGAAGCUCGAGCCGCAACGCCUCUCACCCGGACGUCGUCAUAUGGGCCAAGGGACCGCUUCACAAGCGGCUGGAGGCAGUGUGCGCGGGGUACGCGCUGCACCACCUCGUGUCGUCCAAGCUGCUGCCUGCCGGAUUCCCAGACACCAGCAGCGCCGCGCCUUCCCAUCAGCAACCGCAGCAGCGGCCGUUGCGGCUGGCCGUGCUAUGGCUGCCGGAUCGCGCUAUGCCGCACGCCACGCUCAACCACGUGCUGGGCCCUCUGCCUCGCCCGAGCGCGCUCGGCGCCGCGCAAAGCGGCGGCCGCCAGCGGAGCGAGCAGGCGCAGGAGUCGCCGUCGUUCCCGGCGGAUGGUGCAUCUGAUGCAUCGGAUAAGGCGAUCGUGCUUCACCAUCGUCCGAGUUGGCUCAACUCACCGCUUUAUACUUUUACGCCCGAAGGCGACGCUACAGUGGCGGGUUUCUGGCCGUCGCAGGCGCUGGCCGUUGCGCACACCUUCCACCCCUCCCGCCAGCCGCACCUUCUCCGCGCAACCCUGCGCCGCUCCGCCCUCUGCCGCCCCAACCCCGCGUGGGGGGAACCGCUCCCCCCGCCCAUUCCCCCCGCGGAACCUACUCUACAGGAGAUCGCCGAGUGGGAGGUGGUGGGGAGGUGGACGGGUUGGUCUGGGUGGUGGCUGGGAAGAGGCUGUGAGGGAGGCGGAACGGGAGGGGAACGAGGCGAUGGGGGAACUAAGAUUGGUAGCAGCGGGGGUGGGGGAAGUGAGGGGAGAGCCACGAGUGAGGGAAUCACGGAGCAGGGGGAGCGGGGGGUGGGCGCAUGGGUGGAAUGCGCGCAGCUAGAAGCAGUGGAGCUUUUCACUCUCGCAUCCGCGCAGGGGCUCAUUCACCUGCAGCACUCCCCCCAAGCGGACCUCAUCCGCGCGCAGGCCUCCGCCAGGGGCAGUUCCCCCCGCAUGCGCGAUGUGCUGGUGGCGCCUGAGAGCUUCCCCCGGGGAGAAGCGCCCAUGGCAGUGGCUGUAGGGGGGAGCAGCGGGGGGGAGGGGAGCAGGAAGGGGAGCGGAGAGGGGAGCAGAGAGGGGAGCAGAGAGGGGAGUGCGAGUGGACGAGUGUUUGAGGAGGAGCGUGGGGUGUGUCAUGCGCCGUUCAUCGUGCCGAUUCACAAGCACCGCAUGGGGCGGCAACUGAACGUGGAUGACACGGUGGGUCUAGUCUACUGCGAGGUACAGAAGGUGGGAUCAACUAGCUGGAAGUUUUGGAUUCGGCAGCAGCACCACCACCCCCACCCCUAUCAAUUCCCCGAAGCACAACUCCCAGCCACCAGCAACAUCACCGAGGUCUGGUACUCGCUCUCCGAACCUGACGCCAUCCGAGCCAUCACCCGAACCGACUACACCAGGUUCAUGUUCGUCCGGCAUCCCUUCACCAGAAUCGUAUCUGCGUAUCUCAAUCAUCACGUGCCAGCCAGCGCGCCGGGGACGGGGGGGCGGGGGCUGGGCUGGGGUCGUCGGGCCUGGACAAAAAGGUUUUUCGGGCAGCUGUGGGCGCUGCGAGCGAGAGACCGGCUCAGAUUUCGGGGAAACGAGGGGGAUAUUUUUGCAGGAGGGGCAGCAGGGGAGGACAGUGCAGACCCAUUGGCACCAACAGUAGCACCAGUAGCAGCAACAGCAGGGGCAGAAGGGGGUAGCUGGACGAAGAGCAGUUGGUGGGGGGUGUGGAAGGAUAAGAUAGAGAUGGAGAGGCGUCUGCUGUCGUUUGAUGAGUUUGUGCGACUGCUGGGGGAUGCGUGGGACGAGGACAGGCGGUGGUUCCUAGAUGAGCACAUCGCCCCGCAGAACAUCCUGUGUGGGCUGGACAGAAUCAAGUAUGACUACGUGGGGCGGUUUGAGACCAUGGACGCCGACGUCAAGGCCCUCAUGCAGCGGUUUGGGAGGGAUGCUGGGGAUGCGUUUGACUUUGGCAAGAAGAUCCACCCCACCAAGUCCAGAGACCAGAUGCAGCACAUGUUCACAAACAAGCAUGGUCAUGCAUUCACAGGCUCUCUCUCCUAUGUGCAUUUUGAACAUGGUCCUCCCAUUCACAUGUCUGCUUGUUGGCUGCAAGAGACAUACGACAUUGUGAGGCGAGUGUAUGGCAUGGACAUGCAUGCUUGCUCGCUCACUCUCAUGCAUGAUCUGCCUAUACCCCUGCUUGUGCCGCAUCUGCAAGAGACAUACGACAUUGUGAGGCGAGUGUAUGGCAUGGACAUGCAUGCUUGCUCGCUCACUCUCAUGCAUGAUCUGCCUAUACCCCUGCUUGUGCCGCAUCUGCAAGAGACAUACGACAUUGUGAGGCGAGUGUAUGGCAUGGACAUGCAUGCUUGCUCGCUCACUCUCAUGCAUGAUCUGCCUAUACCCCUGCUUGUGCCGCAUCUGCAAGAGACAUACGACAUUGUGAGGCGAGUGUAUGGCAUGGACAUGCAUGCUUGCUCGCUCACUCUCAUGCAUGAUCUGCCUAUACCCCUGCUUGUGCCGCAUCUGCAAGAGACAUACGACAUUGUGAGGCGAGUGUAUGGCAUGGACAUGCAUGCUUGCUCGCUCACUCUCAUGCAUGAUCUGCCUAUACCCCUGCUUGUGCCGCAUCUGCAAGAGACAUACGACAUUGUGAGGCGAGUGUAUGGCAUGGACAUGCAUGCUUGCUCGCUCACUCUCAUGCAUGAUCUGCCUAUACCCCUGCUUGUGCCGCAUCUGCAAGAGACAUACGACAUUGUGAGGCGAGUGUAUGGCAUGGACAUGCAUGCUUGCUCGCUCACUCUCAUGCAUGAUCUGCCUAUACCCCUGCUUGUGCCGCAUCUGCAAGAGACAUACGACAUUGUGAGGCGAGUGUAUGGCAUGGUCAUGCAUGCUUGCUCGCUCACUCUCAUGCAUGAUCUGCCUAUACCCCUGCUUGUGCCGCAUCUGCAGGAGACGUACGACAUUGUGAGGCGAGUGUACGGCAUGGACAUACAUGUUCCCUCACUCUCACCCUUCUUGCUUGCGUGCCAUCCCGUGCUUGCUUGUGCCCCACCUGCAGGAGACGUACGACAUUGUGAGGCGAGUGUACGGCAUGGACAUGCACGCGCCUUUAACAACAUCUCCUACAAUACCCCCGAGGAGCUGCGGAGAAUCUACGAGGUGGGGGCUGCCUCCAGAUAA